AGUCCCCACGCUUCCUCCCUGCCACAGCAUCCUUCCGGUUAUCUGCAUCAGUGGAGAGAUGCUGAUGCUGACAGCACCUCAGCCUCAGCGGCUGCACCGUGUACACCGAGUCUGAGUCCACAUCUCGCGAAGCCACAGCAAUGAGCCCACACCAUAGUUUGUUAAAUAUUAUCUCAGUAUCUCAUGAUUAAGUAGGCUCAUUCAUUAUGUGAGUUGGUAAGGCAAAAUUUUGAUUUAGGGACUGUUCCUUAUUUAUACAGGGGGGUGGUGAGGCAUGUCAAAUACUUUUUAAGCACUGGGGAGGGACAUUGAACUUUAAAUGGUUGUAUUUUGUAUUUAUUUUGAUUUUUUUGUAUUAAAAGGCAUGAUUAAUUUAAGAAUCGCCAAAAUUACGCCAUUAACAUUAUAGCCAGAAACUGUAAAAACAGAAAUUAUUGUCAAAUUUUCAAAUUGUGAUGGUCUUUGAACACAUCAUGCUCAAUGCAGGCUUCCCUCUUAAAAAUCACUUAAAUCUACGUCUCACAUUUAAAAUUUUGCCAAAAAAUAAACCUUUACACCAACUAGACACUGUAAAGAAAAAGAAGAAGAAGAAGAAGAAGAAGAAGAAGAAGAAGAAGACAUGCAUGACAGUACUUAAAAACCAAGGCCGUUUCAACACCAGGAUUUUGUUAUAAACUUUUGACUUUUAAACAUCAAAGGGCAAGUUUUUUAAAAUCCAGUAAUGUCCACCUAUUACACUGUUGUGUACAGAUUUUUACUCUUUGCUUGUUGCAUUUCUCUAAUACCUACAUUUAAUGUGAAUAUUUUAUAUUUAUGGUGGAGGGAAGGUCAUGCAUUUUUGCCCAGUUAGUCAGGGAGGCUCAACUUAGGAAAAAUAUUUGUAUCUUUGGGGAGGGUCAAGAUACUGAGAAAAAAAAAAGGAUUCCCACACAUUUUAAUGGACAAAAUUUCCCAACUUUUCUGUGACUUUUCAAGGACCCAUCGGAAAAUUUCUAUUUCUAAAAUGCAUGCCCUGCCAGCCCAGUUAUGGUACUUUCCUACACACUACAUCACAUAUACCUGUAACCUUUCUUAGUGGGGAAGACUUGCUUGGUAUAAGUCAUGGAAAAUGAGCACAAAGCAAAUUUUCCUUCAACAAGGCAACAAAUAAGUUUGCACAUCCUGGGAUGCAACUAUUACGUAUCACAAUGUCAAUGCUGAAAUAAUAUAUCAUGUAGUUGAUGCAUGUUAGAGCUACCUUAUGUCAACAGAUAACUUAUAGAAAAUAAAAUUGCUGUUAUGUUACAUUAUAUUGGAUAUUAUCCCUGGAAGAAGAAGAAAAUAGACUUUAUUAAUCCCUGAGGGGAAAUUCAAUUUUUCCAUUUUUUCACUGUGUUGUCAUAUACACAGAGACCCGAAAUACACACACAUGAACAAACAGGACCUAUAUAUGCAUUAAAUAGAGACAUGUCAGGUGAGGGGGCUGCCUAUGAACAGGCGCCCCAAGCAGUUGGGGGUUUGGUGCUUUGCUCAAGGGCACCUCAGCAGUGCCCAGGCGGCGGACUGGCACCUCUCCAGCUGCCAGUCCAUGCGCCAUAUGUGGUCCGGACCGGGACUUGAAUCGACGACCCUCCGGUUCCCAACCUGGGUCCCUAUGGGGUAAGCUACUACCAAAGAAUACUGUAAUUAUUUUCCAAAACUAUCUGUGAUUUUUAGUAAUUCCAUGACUUUUCCAGGCCUGGAAAACGAGAUUGUGAAAUGCCACGCCUUUUACAGGUUUUCCAAGACUGACAAAAAUGGAGUCACACCAGAGCUACCCCCUCCUAUGAUAAAUAAAGUACAGUCCCUUAAUUUGUUUGACGUAAUGAAAAUAAUUUCAACACCUACGUUCAUAAUUUGAAGAUCCAUCUAAUAAUUUUUAAAGACCAUGAGUACCUUUUUAUCUCUAUCAAGCAUAUCUUUUAACUUUUCCCAGUCAGAGUGAUUCACUUGUUCAGAGACGAUCUUCGGCAGCCGGUCCAUGUCGCCGCGGUGCAUUAUGGUCACUCACAGUGCUCUUGCCUCUGUCCUCUUGUUGGCUAGUUUCCUCCAUGAUGCUAACUUGAACAAGUUGUCGGACCAAAGCACAGCCUAAUGUGUUGGUUCAGGAGAGUGUGUAGUUAGCGGCAGGUAACGGACUCGUGUUACUUGUGUCUUCUUUUACUGUCACGAAUUUUUAAAAUUGAUAAUUAACGAAGAGCAAAAGCUGUUGCUGAUAUUAGCAGGUGACAUAACUAGCAUAACUAACAUGGAGAGCUGCACAGCACUGUUGAAAACACUGUGAGGAAAGUUAACGAGGACAACAAACAGCAUGACUGGCGCUACGGGAGGCUACGUUGCCUAAUAUUUGCUCAUACUGUAAAUAAUAUGGACGAACUGCCAUUCCUCUACCUGCGGAUAUGGACUGUCUAGCUUAAAGAGCAAACGGGCAAACAGCUCGAGGCCACCGGGGAGCCACUAAGCAGAGAACCCAGGGAUUAUACACACUGUCAUCUUUUUACGACACACCUGUAUUCGCUCUUUCUGAAGGCUGAAGCUUCCUUUUCUUUCUGCUGGUGGAUGUGUCUGCAGUAGUGGCUGUAUGAGGAGAUGAGACUACACAGGGUGCUGCUGGCUGGCUGUAUAAACUGCAGCAGGAUGUAUCUGCCAUUUGGUGGCAACUUUUAUCCAAAGCUCCUUUCUAGCUCUGUGUGUUAUUUUUCCUCAAGAAUGAGUGGAACUCGAAACCGUAUGCUUUGUAGUGCUCGCACAGUAGUCUACCCACUGAAGUACACUGUGCCAUGUGGAAAUAGGAAACUGGGACUGUACUGCAGGAGUUACAGUGGUGCUGGUUCAAAUACACUCUGCGGUCAAUCACUGGCAAAAUGUCAGCCCACAAGAUUUCAGUCUGAUGUGGUGAAGAAGGAGAACCUGUUGCAAGAAGGUGCAACACAGCCUGUGUCCUUUAUCCGCCACAGAGUGACAGACAUUUCCAGUGUGUCUCCUGCUUUUAUAGUGAUGAAUUUCGACCAAGAGGGAAAUGUGACAACAUUUGAGAAAAAGAAAACUGAGCUUUGCCAGGAGCUAAGUCUUCAGGCCAGAGACCUUCGUUUUCAGCACAGCACUUGCCUCAUACCUAGAAACAACUGCAUUAUCAUACGAAUGGAGUAUUUGAAAGCCAUCGUGACCCCGCAGUCGCUGUUGGUGUUGGAUUUCCGAGGUUUCGGGCUGGAGCGAUGGCUGGUGCUGGAACUGGCCCCUCAGCUGGCAUCACAAUCACACUCACUGCCCUUCGAGUUCAGAGCACUGGAGGCCAUCCUGCAGCACAAGGUAAACACUUUACAAGCUCGGCUGAAUGAGGUCGAACCAGUAAUGUUGGACACAUUGGAAUCCCUGGUGGAUCCUAAAAUCCUUUCCGUUGAUAGAAGUAAACUACAUAUACUGCUGCAGAACAGCAAGAGCUUAUCAGAGUUGGAGACGGACAUAAAAGUCUUUAAGGACACCUUGCUGAAGAUUUUGGAUGAGGACGAGAUCAUUGAAGAACUUUGUCUGACCAAGUGGACAGACCCGAGAGUUUUUGAGGAGAGCAGUUUGGGUAUUGACCACUCUGAGGAGAUGGAACUGCUAUUGGAGAAUUACUUUAUGCAGGCUGAGGAGAUGGGGAAUAAAACCAGAGAGCUGAAAGGGCUGAUAGACGACUCUGAAAGUGUUGUCUUUAUCAAUCUGGACAGCCAUCGUAACGUGAUGAUGCGCCUGAAUCUGCAGCUGGCGAUGGGUUCCUUCUCCCUCUCCUUAUUCGGUCUGAUAGGGGUGGCCUUUGGAAUGAAUUUGGAGUCGUCCUUCGAAGAGGACCCUUGUGUUUUCUGGAUGGUAACUGGCUUCAUGUUCCUGGGCAGUGGGCUCAUAUGGAGACGACUGCUGUCAUUUUUGGGACGGCAUCUGGAGCCUUCAGUUCCCCCAAUAAUCCCUCAAGUUUGGAAGAGAAACAUGAAAGCGUCGGACAUCAAGGCGGGAAUCAGAUGAUGUUCUACCUCCGCUCUGUGAAAUGCCACAAACCUCCUACAGACUCUGCGGCUUUAGAGACGAUUGUUUUGCCACCCUGGAUCUCCUGAGCUCUCUACAAAGGCUGGACAUUUUCAUUUAGUAGCACACUUCAUUGUUUUGCUCUGCCAUGCCUACAGCAGAGGUUGAGACUGAAUCCAAAUGUCUGGAGACUCUGUGUUGUGUGUGCUGUGGUGUCCCCAUCGUUAUAAUUCUCAUAGUAUGUUGGGGUGAUUUCAGAUACUUGAGCAGAUGUCUUCAUGUCGGAUCACAUCAUAUCUUCAUAUGUGUCGAUUAAACAUGUAGGCAUAGAGUACUGCUCUGUCAUCAGUGGUUUUAGAGCAGUGCGUGGAUGUGUGGGCGAGUGGCAGCAGUUGGUACUGAAACGGAAAAUAACCCAACUAAUAUGAUACAUGCUACAUGCUAACCUAAUUACAUACUGUAGGUGAAAAACUUCUGUUAAAAUAUUUAAAUCAUAUUAUUUAAAUUAAUGUAAACCAAAUGAUUGUGUAAAGUCUAUUGUGAAGCUGUAUAGAGUGUUAUUUUCUCCAUGCUCUGUAGGUAAGUAAGAAUUUGCCUUUGUUAACCUCAGUUACAGUGUGCAGCAGUGUGACAUCAGUCAGACAAUAAGGACUUUAUGAUACAUUAAUUGCUCAGCAAAACAAGGAUUUCUGAGAUGAUAAUCUGAUAACCAAUGUGACUGUCAACAUGACUAAUUAGAAGUGGUGACACACCACAUAAUAUGAUGUAUUUCUGAUGGAACAAUGGCUGAACUGCCUCCGCUUUCUUUCUGAAAGAAGCAUAUUGCCAGUUUUGUUUUGUUGAUAUUGCGUGUCACUCUGCCACUGUGAGUGUCUUAAAUUGAUGUUUGCCCCCAAAUUAAAAGGGGCUCAGCACAUUAGGAACUUUCGAGAGUGUGACGUGAGAGCUGUUGUUGACUUUGUCUUGUUCCUUUUUGCAUUGAAGAUAGUGUUCAAAAUGUUAAAGGCAGAACCUCAAUGAAAACAUGUAGAAACCAUCCACCAAAGGAAAGCUUUGUCAUUCUUGUCAUGCUGCGACAGGAUGCACAUUGACAGCCCAUGCCUUACAGCUGUAGGUGUCAGGAAACCCCAGAGGGAAGCAGAAAAAAACAACACAUUUAAGCUACCAAAAAUCUGAAAUUUCCUGUCAUACUAGUUUAUUAAAUAAUUUAUAUUAAAAAAAGAAUUACCUCCAUUGUUGAACUCAUCAAAGCUGGUAGACAUUAUGCAACACAUGACGAGGAACCACUAAAAAGUUUAAUUUUCAGGGAUCACAAGCCCAAAAUGUUUGUUAUUUUUCUAACAAAUCCAGCCUUCACCUUUUGACUGUUUUAUCUCUGCAUAAUAUUUAAUGCCUAUUAAAAAAAAUAAUCACCA